UAACAGCUUGUAGUAGCUAUCCUGACCAUGGCGCUUCAACUUGCAGCACCAUCUUCUGGCCUUACCAGCGAAACGAAGUAUCGAUGUGAUGUGUUCCUGAGUUUCAGAGGCGAAGAUACUCGCCACUCCUUCACUGUGAUUCUCUACAAUGCCUUGCGCCGGAAGGGAAUCAAUGCCUUCAUUGAUGACAAGAAGCUUGGGAAAGGGAAACGAAUAUCACCUGCGCUUCUCAAGGCCAUCGAAAAAUCCAGGAUUUCGAUCAUUGUCUUCUCUAGGAACUACGCUACUUCCUCAUGGUGCCUGGAUGAACUUGACCACAUCAUUCAGUGUAAGAAGAAGAAGAACCAGCUGGUUAUGCCGAUUUUUUAUAAGGUGAAUCCGAUGGAUGUACAAUAUCAGACAAAUAGCUUUGGAGAAGCCAUGGCUGCCCAUGAAAAUAGGUUCAGAAAUGAUCUGGAGAAAGUGCGCAAAUGGAGGUCUGCUUUGUCUGAAGCUGCUAGUUUGUCAUCGGCAUGGCUUUUUGAAGAUGGAAAUGAAUCUGGAUUUAUUGAAAGGAUUGUUGAAGAUGCAUAUACUGUGCUACCUCCAAAACGCCUACAUAGCACUGGUCACAUUGUUGGACUUGAGUCCUGCAUAGAAGAAGUGAUAUCACUUCUAGAUCAAUCUGAUGAUGGAGUUUGUAUGCUGGGGAUUUAUGGAACUGGUGGUGUUGGCAAAACAACUCUUGCCAAGGCUUUGUAUAAUUUAAUCUUCCACCAAUAUGACGGUGCCUGUUUUCUAUUUGAUGUAACAGACGCUUCAAAGCAGUACCGAGGCAUGCUUCAUCUCCAACAGACACUUCUAUCAGAGAUUCUCGACGAAAGGAUCAAGUUGGGCAGUGUUGAUGAAGGAAUAUCUAAAAUGAAACACAGGCUCUCUCACAAAAGAGUUCUUUUGGUUCUUGAUGAUGUUGAUGAGCUAGAACACCUAGAAAAACUCGCAGGAAGCUCUGAUUGGUUUGGUUCUGGAAGCAAGGUCAUCAUAACCACAAGAAAUAAGCAAUUACUAAUUGCACAUCGUGUUGAAACAGCUUAUGAAAUGAAGAAGCUAAAUGAUCAUGAUGCUUUGGAACUCUUUUGUUGGCAUGCCUUCCAUACGAGCAAACCUCCAAAAUGUUAUCAAGAUAUGUCUAGUCGUUUAAUAGGUUAUGCACAGGGUCUUCCUUUGGCUUUAAGGGUAAUAGGUUCCAAUUUGGCUCAAAAGAACUUAGAAGAAUGGAGAAUUACACUUGAACAGUAUGAAAGAAUUCCAGAAAAAACAGUUCAUGAGGUGCUAAAGAUAAGCUAUGAUUGCUUACAGGAUACUGCUAAGAGUAUUUUCUUAGAUAUUGCUUGUUUCUUCAAGAAUAGUAUGGAAUAUAUUGAAGAAAUACAAGAAGCUUAUAAUUAUGGGGCAAGGUUUUUUAUUGAAGUGCUUGUUGAUAAAUCUCUUAUAACUGUCAGUAAUAAUGGCCGGUUUUGGAUGCAUGAUCUGAUA